AUGCCUAAGAGGUAGAAAUUUUAAAUUUUAAACUUUCACCUAAAGCUUUCAGAGAAUUCAAGUUCCCGGACACUUUACCAACGGUUUCGGAACGUCUAUGCACUGUAAGUCUACCUUCAAAAAUAUGGUGCAUCGUCCCCAAAAACCUCACCCACUUUUCCAAUCUGCCUAAUAGUGCAUAAAUGCACCAGGAAACGACAUAGAAUGCGGAUAAUCCUUCUUUCCUCAGAGCCACCUUCCUUGUAUUCAUCCGGAUCCAGGAUCACCAAUACAUUCAUUUUCCACCUUCGAACACUAAUUAUCAGCUCACAGCAAGACAGAAGGUAAGAACAGAUGGUGGUGACGUGGCAGGUGCAUUCUUUUGAUCAACCCGAUCAUAAGUGCUCAUUAGUUCAUUGCUGGUCCAGUUCAUUAGAUGCAUUUGAUGCAUAGACGCAUUUUACGUCUGUUUCUAAUGUAAUAAGGAAACAUUGAUGAAAAACUGGGAAUGCUAAUUGUAAAGGAUGACUCAAAAAAUGCCGACAAUCCCCAACAAUCUGCUCAACACCCCAUCCAUCCUCUCCAUUUGAGUUAUGACGUGGCAAAUGUCUUCACAAUCGCUGGCACAGCGUGAUGCCACGUCAGAUAGACCCAAUCCGCCUACUCGAUGACUUGUGUGCACUUUGGGGUGUGGGGGUGGAAAAGAGAGAGAGAGAAGAGCGCAUCCGGCGGGUCAACAGUCUGAUCGAGUCUUCAGCUUUGAAAAAAUUGGGGUUACUGUAGGGAAAUGCGCUAGAAAAGUCUGAAAGGUUAGGAAAUACAGUAGGGCUACGAAUUUGCUCAUUGGAGAGCCUUCAGCUCCUCUUUAGAACUGUUUUCAGAUCCGAAAACUUCCACUUUUCAGUUAGUUUCAAUCAGUUUUCCUAUUUCCCAUAAUUUUCUCUCCAUUCUCUCCUCACUAUCCUGCUCCACUGUCUCCUCAUGACCACCAACCGCGCGACCCACCGAGGGGACCCUCCUGCCCCUCCUCGGGGUGACCUGGAGACCGCGACGCGACCGCGUUGCACUUCUACCCCCCGGACUGUGCCCCUUCCUUUCUUCCUUCUUAUGACCCCCUUCUUGAGCGCGUCUUUUCGGUCUCUUUCGGUCGACUCCUCGAUUCGAUUCGAUCGAUCUCAUUUGUCAUUUUAUCGUUCUUUGUUGUCUUCUCCGUCUCAUUUCUGUUUCUUCCAGCCCUUUCGCUCAACAAAAUGUCGUACGAUCGAAACGGUCUGUUCUCUUCGGAUCCGCCGCCGUCGAUGUGGAGUCACAACGAGUUCCCGCCGAUCGGAUCCGUGGUCCCAGCCCGCAAGCGAAAAGACAACAACGAGAACUCGAAUCCGACGGGACUCACCGACAACGGCGCCUCGAUCGCCCUCCUGCCGCAGUACCAGAGCGAGGCGUACGCGAUGGUCAUGGAUCCGGCGCAGGAAGUGAACAUCGGGGCGCUGAUGCCGUCGGUGGACGUUUCGCAACCGCCGCCCACCAUCAUGCCGCUCAUGGUGGCCACUUCCGAACCGGACAUUGUGAAAAGUAUCGGGCAGAUCUCGUGGCUCUCCUCCAAGGCCGCACUGAUUGCCGAUGUCAACGGAGGACGGCGGUACCCGUUUCAGCUCAAGGACUUUUGUGAUACGGUUAGUAGGGGGGGAAUGGUUAGGACAUUUUAAAACCGCUACUUGAUGGUUACAAAAUGAUUUGGUCACUUUGCAACUGAUAAGCUUCUUCCAUAUUGGUCGUUUUGCAACCAAACAUAACUGAUUAGUUGCGACUGUUUGCAAAGUGCCGUUUAUUCAAAGCCUGGUAUCUUAGCAGUUGAUAAAGAUAUCGAAAAAUUGUCAACAAAUAAAAUGCACGCAAUUUCUUCGUGAACAUUUUAUUAGUUGACAACUUUUUGAUAUCUCUAUCGACAACUGAAUUAUAUCGUUUUGAAUAUACGAUAUUGUGGUUUACAGUAAAUAGAAGACACAAACCAACCUACCCAACCCAAUCUGGUUGCAAAGUGUCUUCUCCGGUUGAAAAACGGCAAUUUCAGGCGGUCCAAGACCUCGUCUACUACAUCCGCGUCGGCUUCACCUUCUCGUUCACCGCCUGCAAACACGACGACGGCUACGCGUGCCGAGUGGUCCAACCACUGACCGUGAUGGAGGCGGAAGAGUAUUUCCGCGGCCGCGGCGAGAUCGAUCUCAACGGGAUCCUUCCGUCGCCUGCCAACUCGAAGGACUUGUACUUUUGCCAGUUGGAGGAGGACGCCAUUCCGCAGCUGCUGAAUGUGUUCAAGCGGAACGGGCGGUCCAUUUUGCAGUUGAAUCAGUGAGUUUUGGGGGUGAUCGCAUCUUUGUGGAUCUACAAUAUCACUAGGGAAGCUAGAAGAAACCUAUAUUUCCUUCCAGACUCGCCACCCUCCACUCGAACCAGCAUUCCGGCACCAUUCCCGACGAGGAUGUCUACCGCUACAUCGGCUCUUCCUCCCUAAAACGUCGUGAUUUCAUCGAGCGUCGUACGCACCUCUUUCACCUGUACAACGACGACUCUAUCGAGCUUCAGGUACCUCUCCAAACCCUUUUGAUCUUUCCCACACCUUCUUUUCAUAGCAUCCCGCACUCUACACGGCCGUCACCAUGCUCUGCUCGUACUUGCUCCGUCGGGGCGGUCUCACCUCGAUCCAGGCGCUCUACGAGUUCUACACAAGCGACGAAAUGCCGUUGGAGAUCCGCGAGUACAACGGAGAGAGCCGCAACGAUUUCCUCAACCUGAUCACCGAGCACUCGUGGGCGUUUUCGGUGUUCCCGUCGAAGGUCUAUGUGGCGGCUCGGCGGAACAUGCCCAAGUUUGACUAUUACGCGUUCAUCAAGAAUUGCUUCCCCGAGUACUUGGAACCGCAGCCUCAACCGUUUUGCGGAGGCGGUGGAGGACAACACGGAUACGGUCACGGUUACGCGCAGAACUACAAUAUUCAGCAGCAACAGUAUCAGCAGUACCAUCAGUACCAUCAGCGACCGUUCCAGCAACAAGCUCAGCAACCUCAGGGAUACCAUCAUCAGCAACAAUACCAACAAUAUCAACAGCAACAACAACUGCGCCAGAGAGCCCCUCAAAGCUUGAUGAUGCUGGACCAAGUACCUCCCCCGCCUACGCAAAUCCGGAUCCCUACCGCUCAACCCCAAGUGCUCUGGGACGGCGACUCGAACUCGAGCGACUGGAGCCCACCGCCCGACAUUUGGUCGAACGGAGUGAUGGGCGGAUUCCGGGCCCGCAACAACACCUCCAGCUCUGGAUCGAUGAUCAACGACACCCUCGUCAAUACGGUUUUGGAGAAGAAGCAGACGCGGGAGGUCGGUGUGCAGGCGGAUCUGUGUUCGUGUGCGUGUGCGUGCUCUGGAACGCGGACGAAGAGCUCGAGUCCGUUGGAGGUCGGAGCCGAGCGUCAGCAGAUGAAGGUGCAGCAGGAGCCGAAGCCGACGCUCCAAGUUUCUGCUCCUGCGCCGAUCACUCAGCGCUUCUACGAACCGUUUGGAACCGGGGACCUGCUCGGAGCGCUUCGUUUUUAA